UGCACGCUUGGUAACAACCGCCAGUAUGUUUGCAGGCAACUUAAUCCGAAAAUAAAAGCAGAACUUUCUAAGCGUGUUUAUGAUGCUUCGUAUGAAUCUUGCCUUGCAGCAAAGAUUUUAAAAAGAACCAGUUUUCAGGGUUAGAGUAAGUUUGCGGAUGGUGUCAAGCAGCGCUGCUCGGUGCUGAGAUCCGCUCACGUCCUGAGUUGAGAGCUCUUCCCUCUCUCUCUCUUGUAAUCUCGCGUUAGCGGUGCUACAUUUGUUCUCCCCUGCAACUGACAGGCGAGUGCAUGCAAACCAAUUCCAGGCUUUCCAUUUCAACAUGGCCACUACCGCAACGUGUACCAGGUUCAGCGAGGAAUACCAGUUAUGCGAAGAGCUUGGGAAGGGUGCAUUCUCCGUUGUUCGCAGAUGCGUGAAAUUAUCCACGGGGCAAGAAUAUGCUGCGAAGAUUAUUAACACCAAGAAGCUGUCUGCCAGGGAUCAUCAGAAGCUGGAACGUGAAGCAAGAAUCUGUCGGCUCCUGAAACAUCCCAAUAUCGUGCGUCUCCAUGACAGCAUAUCAGAAGAAGGAUUUCACUACCUCAUAUUUGACCUGGUCACUGGUGGAGAACUCUUUGAAGACAUUGUGGCCAGAGAAUACUACAGUGAGGCAGAUGCAAGUCAGUGUAUUCAUCAGAUUCUAGAAAGUGUCAAUCACAUCCAUCAGCAUGACAUAGUGCACAGAGACCUCAAGCCAGAGAACUUGCUGCUUGCAAGUAAAUGCAAAAAUGCAGCUGUGAAGCUGGCUGACUUUGGACUGGCAAUUGAAGUUCAAGGGGAUCAACAGGCAUGGUUUGGAUUUGCGGGGACUCCUGGAUACCUUUCCCCGGAGGUUUUAAGGAAAGAUCCAUAUGGAAAACCAGUAGACAUCUGGGCAUGCGGAGUCAUUCUCUACAUAUUAUUAGUAGGCUACCCUCCCUUCUGGGAUGAGGACCAGCAUAAACUUUAUCAACAAAUCAAGGCUGGUGCUUAUGAUUUUCCCUCUCCAGAAUGGGACACUGUCACCCCGGAAGCCAAAAACCUGAUCAACCAGAUGCUAACCAUCAAUCCAGCCAAGAGGAUAACAGCAACUGAGGCCCUGAAGCACCCAUGGGUCUGCCAACGUUCUACUGUAGCAUCAAUGAUGCACCGUCAAGAAACAGUCGAAUGUUUGAGGAAGUUCAAUGCCAGAAGAAAGCUCAAGGGUGCAAUUCUGACCACAAUGCUCGCAACAAGAAACUUCGCAGUUGGCAGGCAGUCCACAGCUCCGGCUGCAGCAGCCACAGCUGCUGCUGGUCUGGCUGAGCAAGCUAAGAACUUACUUAACAAGAAGACAGAUGGAGUCAAGCCACAAACCAACAACAGCAAAAACAACGUAGUCAGCGCCCCAAAGGAGACCGUACCUUCGGCCACAAUGGAACCACAGACAACAGUUGUCCAUAAUCCUCCAGAUGGCAUUAAGGGAUCCACUGAGAGCUCCAAUACAACCACUGAAGAUGAGGAGGGGAAAGCCACUGAAAGUGUGGAGCUCAUCUGUGCAGUGAAUCACACAGAUAAUUCAGAGCUGCUUCCAGCCACAUCUCCUCCCACGCAGUCUCGCAAACAAGACAUCAUCAAGAUCACAGAACAGCUCAUCGAAGCAAUCAAUAAUGGAGACUUUGAAGCUUACACGAAAAUCUGUGAUCCAGGUCUAACCUCCUUUGAACCUGAAGCCCUUGGAAACUUAGUGGAAGGGAUGGAUUACAAGUUUUAUUUUGAGAACUUAUUGUCGAAGAACAGUAAGCCCAUCCAUACUACAAUUCUUCAACCCCCCACGUCCCACCUAAUCGGAGAGGACGCUGCGUGUAUUGCCUACAUCCGUCUAACGCAGUACAUCGAUGGCCAGGGCACAAGGACUACGCAGUCGGAAGAAACCAGAGUCUGGCACCGUCGUGAGGGCAAGUGGCAGAACAUACACUUCCAUUGCUCAGGAGCCCCCCGCUGCUUCCACUCCAGUGAACACCUUCUGCAGCUUGGAGAUGCUGGAGUAGACUUCUCGUCUAAACAGUGGAUUGAAGCCGAUCACUGUCAUGGUGAAUUCUUGAAGACCAACAGCGCCAUGCGCCAAUCUGCAUGUGUAUGAUGCUGUGGUGGCUGCCUAUUUGUUGUUUCCAUGGAUCCAUCAUGUUUGUUUCUGCUGUAUGGGAGGUGUACAGAUAAAAAUGGCUGCUGUAUAUGUACCUGAUAACUCACUUGUUCGAUGGCAGAGGUUCAAUCGAAAUAGAUUCUGAACCCAUUACUUGCCAAAGUACGGAGAUCCGUCCUUUAAACUAAACAAAAAAGAAACUAAAAAUCACAAAAAAUUAACAAGUUGCAGUAGUGCUCAGAUUUUUAAAAACAAGUAUGCCAUUCUUGUCAAGAUUUAAUCGAGAUUACGUUAACUCUGAACAGUAAUUGUCAGUACGAGAGUAAUGUUGUUACAGUAGGUUCAGUUGAAGAAUGUCAGGAGGAUGCCACUGCUCCUUCUGUCAGUGAGAGGUAAGGGUUAACUGCUGAACCACUAACCCACUUGGAGGUUGACGAGCAACAUAUGUUGAAACUCAAAGGCCAAGACUAUGACCUCGCUGCUCUGCAAAACUGUCUGAGACAAAAGUAAAAUAAUACUUCUAGGUGAUUGCAUUUUUAUUCUUCUCUCUCCUGCCGAUCUAUUGCAAAGUGAAGCUGUGAUCUCAUUUAUUGAAAUGGACCACACGUAAUAAAGUAUUUCUUUCUCAUCUGUUAACAUUUCUUCCAGUGUUCUCUGCAGCAAGGUUAAUAUGAAUGUAUAAUAUUGAAGUUCUUUGUUGUGCCUAAGUGCAGUAAUAUUAUCUUUGGUUUUAAAAAAAAUUGCUAAGUCAAUUUGCAUCCACAGUUUGCAGUAUGUUGUAAUCUAGCUACUGAUCACAACUUUUUGAAUUGUCUGGUGGUUAUACUCUGCCUUGUGUCUUUGAGGUAUGGUGUAGAUGUAUAGCCAGAUAAUGUUAUCUUAUUGGGAGUAUAAGAUCAAACAUGAGACGUGCAGUGUUGGCACUUAUCAACAUCACUGUGCUGCUGGGAGGAAAACUCGUCACCCUUGGAUAAAAUGGUCACACGUUUAAAACAUAUAUGCAGUUUUACAGAGGUUAUGCAUGUGUUGUUUAUGGUCAAUAUUUUCACUGUAUGUGUUUACUGGACAACAAUAAUGAUGUACCUAGUUCUGCAUCUUUAACAAUCUUGCACAGUCUGGACAGUAUGUACCACAUAAUUUAAGCCUAAGCUUGAUAUGAUAAAUUCCUGUUUAAAAAUAAAGUAAAUUAAUUGCAUUGUUACUGUAUCUUAUGGGGCUAAUAUCUUAUAGUUUUAAUUGAGGCAAUUGAUGCAGAAUUUUGCAUGAUAUAUUACAAAAAAAUACCCAGUGUUUGUUUGUUAUGAAUGUUGGUAGAUCUUCAUAGCUUUGUUACUAUAGGACUUGAUCUUAAAAAAAAGUAUUUAAUAAAAUGAAUACAAACCGGUGCAUCUUGUUUUAACUGCUGCAGUCGAUGGAUUGUCUACCCCAAAGCCUGCUUAAAUCUGUUGUCAAUGAAUUAGUAAGGAGCAUUCUCAAAAUGCGAUAUUCAGUGUUUUCAGUUACUUCGUUAAAUGAGUCACAAAAUACGUGAAACUGGACAGUAAACUUCCCUUGACUAAAACCAUCUGUUGCUCUGCAUCGGGGGAGACUUUAGUUUGCAAAUUGUGUCCUUCAUUCUCCUUCAAACUGCCCACCAGUCAGGUCUCUUGACUGGAACAAUUGCACCCACUGUUUGGGGUCAUUCUAGCUGGGCUUUUUAUUGGCCGUCCUUAAGGAUCCCUGUGCUUGCUUUAUCCUCACAUAGCACAUCUUCAUUGACAUUUAGGUGAAAUCCUGAAGGAGGAAAAGCCUUGAACUCAGAUGUGAGUCUGGUUGGAUUCCUUUAAAUGACAAAAGUAAAUGCCCGAGGUUUCACUCAGGCCAUUCACUUGUUCUGGAUCAGAACACAAAAGACAAGCAUGCCCAAAACCUCUCCGUUCUUAGCCAACCAAGUUACUCCCUGGUCCUCCCAUCGUACUUGAACCAGUCUAAUAGAAAGUUGAUGGCACAGAAGAAGGCCAUUCAGCCCGUUGUGUCCAUGCUGGCCGAUAAAGAGCCGGUCUCACCAAGUUUCACUCAUUUUGAGACUCGAUGCUUUCAGUUACCUUAAAUGUAACCUGUUUCUGUGUGUCUAGCACUUUUAAACAAAAAAUAAACACACUCUGUGUACCUA